AUGUUCGCGACUCAAUCUGCACUCUUGAACAAGCAUACCCGGCCGAAGCCGGAUUCGGAAGAGUCCGACGCGGAUCCAAUGCAUACUCCAUCCGUGACCCUCGAGUCUCUCGGCAUUGGGAAGAAUAUGAAAAUUUUCUUAAUUGCUGUUCUCGUUGUGUUUGGUACGAUCGAGACUUGGUUCUGGUGUAAGGCUAUUUGGAUUUGGUGGAAAGGAGGUCGAGAGGAUGGCGAAAUUGUGAAAUAA